AUGGAGGCCGACGAGACGCACCAGAACAAGCCCUCGGGCAUCCCUCGCCCGUCCAAGAUUCCAGUGCAGACAUCUAGACUACCCGUGCCCGUGCAACGCGCGAACUCGAUCCGACAAUGGAAAUCUCGCGAGUCGCUGAUGGUCGAGGAGGAGCCGGCGCCGCAGAGCCCCCGUUUGCGGACGACCGUCUCUCAAGACCGUCUUGCGCCCUCGCCGACCGCGAGGUCCUCGACAACAAAUCGCACGCCGUCUGCGUCUUUCCCAACGCGGACACCAAACCGCGCGUCGGCUGGCUCGUCAAGCAACGUGCGCACCAGCUCGGCUACUACGCCUCAACCCAUGAGGCUAGUAAAGGGCCCAAUCGCACACAUGAGCUGCCAUGGCACUCGUCCGGGCCCUAACACAGCUUCUGCGGUGCGGCACCGUUCAUCCCAGCAGAGCCUUACUUCGCAAUUCUCGCCCAGACAAGACCACUUCCCAGCCGACGUGAUGGGAAGCUUGAACGACGUGCAUGAGGAGCCAGACCACGCCUCGAAGACAAGGUCACUCACCGAGAGAACCAUCGAGACGCUGUCCCGCCUGCCUUCUUCUCCGGCUAACAAGGGACGGCAUGCUCCAUCAUUCUACGAGACGGCGAUCACAGGAAGGAAAACUUCACGGCCCUCCAGCCGCGCUUCUACCCUCGGGUCCAGCCACAGAUCGGACGACCUCAGUGAUCUGUCUCUGCCUGGGAGCCGACCUACUUCAAGAGACGGUACGGAUGAUGGUACCAGCACAGUCAGAUCCCAUGCUUCGAGCUUCAAGAGCAGCCUGCCUACCUUCGAGGGCGCGCCGCUGCGUACCCGCAGAAGCGUCCAGUCCAUGUAUGUUCCUAAGACCUCUUCCACCGCGAGGUCCGUCCGUUCCUCCGUAUACGGUGCGCUACCUGCUAGGACAAGAUCGCCCAGCCCUGCCGCGACGGAGAUCCAUGUGCCCAAGUCCAGUUCAAGGGCGGCCACUGCUCGUCUGACAAAGAAGCCUUCUGUUCAGGGCCUGGCAAAGAAGUCAUCGUCCUCGACGCUGAAGGGGGAUGCGCCAAGAAAGGCAUCUAUCGCCUCGCGGGGGUCAUCUGCUCCAUCAGUCGAGGGCACAUCUACUUCCAUCUCCUCGAGUAGCACCUCCCUGACUGUUGACUCGGCCGAGCAAUCUGGCCCGGCGUAUAGGAAGACGUCGGCCGCGCUUCGCGAGCAGAUCGCCAAGGCCAAGGCAGCCAAGCGCGCUGCCCAGCAGAAGGAAGGCCAGAAUGGAGCAGGCGGCUUCCCGGCCGACUUUAACUUCGACCUUGUCACCGAUCCGUUUAACCAGCGUCGGGAUGACAAGUCGCAGGCUGCGGUUCUGAAGUCGCGGCUCGAGUCGGCCAGGACUAGCGGCAGGCUUAACAUUGCUGCUAUGGGACUGAAGGAGAUCCCGCGGGAUGUCCUCCAGAUGUAUAAUAUUGAGUAUAUUGGCCAGUCGGGGAGUGCUUGGGCUGAGAGCGUGGACCUCACGCGGUUUGUGGCCGCUGAUAAUGAGAUCGAGAUGAUCAGCGACGAGAUGUUCCCGGAUGUUGAUCCGCAGGAGUUGGCGGAGCAGGAGGAUAGUCAGGGGAAUAUUUUCGCUGGUUUGGAGACCUUGGAUCUGCAUGGCAAUAUCCUCGUGUCGCUGCCGAUGGGAUUGAGGAGGCUCUCUUUCUUGACGUCGCUGAACUUGUCCCUCAACCGCCUCGGCAACAACUGCUUGGAAGUGAUAUGCCAGAUCCCAUCCCUGAAAGACCUCAAGCUUGGCGGCAACCUCUUGUACGGACCGCUCGACCCAUGCUUCUCCAAGCUGGAGAACCUAGAGAACCUGGAUCUUCACGGCAACCAGCUCUCGGCGCUGCCGUCCAACUUCGGUAACCUGAGCCGCCUGCGUAUCCUGAACUUAAGCGAGAACUCCUUUGAGGAGUUGCCAUUUGACAUCCUCUCUCACCUGCCCCUGACUGAGCUGGUGGCUCGGAAGAACCAACUUCAUGGCACACUGAUCCAGGACUCGGUCGACGCCCUGCAGUCACUGCAGACCAUCGAUGUGUCGUCGAACCAGCUGACACACAUCUGCUCGCCCGGCAAGACGGUCGCGAUGCCAGCGCUGCACCAGUUCUGUGUAUCUAUGAACCGACUGCAGGCGCUGCCCGAUAUCAGCAGCUGGACGAAUCUGAUUACCCUCGCUGCUGAUGAGAAUAGCAUCAAUGCUAUCCCCGAGGGGUUCACCAAGCUCGAGAAGCUGAGGACAGUCGACUUCUCUAGCAACGAUAUCCGGAUCGUCCCGGCUGAGAUCGGGCGCAUGGAGAACCUUGCCAAUCUUAGGCUGAGCGGCAACCCAUUGCGCGAGAAGAAGUUCAGCUCGAUUAGCACGGAGGAGAUGAAGGAGAUCCUCGCGCAGCGGCUGGAGCCCGAUGAGACUGAGCACAUUCCGGAGCCCUCGUCGGCCAUUGAGGCUCCAGACGGGUAUUUCACUUGCCCUGAGCCGCAGGAGACUGAGCCGAAGAGGAAGGCUGUCCCGAAGCCCGUACCCGAGCCCGCUCCUCAGCGCGUUCCCCAAGUCAAGGCGCCUGCUCCAGUUCAUGCCCAGCAGGACAACCAUGACGACGAUAGCCGCUCCGAAAUGGAUCACUUUACCACUCCCCCAACAUCAGCCCCCGGCUCGCCGAUGUCGACCCGCUCCCAUCAGCAGCAACAUCGGCGCCAGCCCUCCAUCGAACCCUGGCCCGUCAAGCCCGGCGGCGUGCUCGACCGUUCCAACACACAAUCAGCCUCCCUGCAUCCCGUCAUCUGCUCUAAGCUGGCGGCAUCCCACAGAAUCGUGGAGGUCCACCUCCACCACAACCUCUUUACCUCUCUACCAGAGUCCCUGACCUUCUUCGCCGAAACUCUGACAGCUUUGUCCCUCUCGCAUAACCAACUCGUAGGCGAAUCCUACCUCACCACCGACACUCCCCUCGACCUCCCCGCUCUAUCAGAACUCAACCUCGCCCACAACCACAUCACUUCCCUUCAACCACUCCUCACAAACCUUCACGCGCCGACCCUCUCCAAGCUAGACGUCUCCUUCAACCGCAUCUCUGCCCUCCCCCCCGGCACAUCCCUCCGGGACGCCUUCCCCAACCUUACCGUCCUCCUCAUCUCCAAUAACCACCUCGUGGAUCUGGAACCGGACGCGAUCAAGGGACUCAGGGUGGUCGAUGCGGCGAAUAAUGAUAUCGCGCAUUUGAAUCCGAGGAUUGGCUUGUUGGGACGGCCGGCGGGGAAUUUGGAGCGGCUGGAGGUCAGUGGGAAUAGAUUUAGGGUGCCGAGGUGGAGUGUGCUGGAACGGGGGACGGAGGCGACGUUGAGGUGGUUGAGGGGUAGGGUGCCGGUUGCGGAGAUGGGGGCGUGGAGGGGAGAGGACGGAGAGGAGGAUGAAUGA